AUGGAGUGGCUGCCGGUUGAGACUUAUAGCAUGAGAAAGGGUUCCUGGAAGUUCAUCACUCAAAGUGUUCCAUCGCAUGUCCAAAAUAUUUACGAUUUUGAUGAUCUCUGUGUAGAUGGCCAUGCCGGCCAUCUUCAUUGGCAUGGUGGUUAUUAUUUAGGGGAGUUGGUUUCAAAAACCAUAUUGGCAUUUGAUUUGGGUGCAGAGACUUUCAGUGAGAUAACUCUUCCAGAUUCUGUCAACAGUGAUAAUGUGAAUAAUGUCUCAACGAUCAUAGGAGUUUUGGCUGGAAAACUAUGUGUGAUAUCAAAGACCCUCCCAGAUUAUGAGUGUGUGGUGUGGGUUAUGGAUGAAUAUGGGUGGCUAAGAUUUAGCCAUGCUUUAUACGAUCCGGUUGCAGCCAAUACUAAAAUCUUCAAGCUUGGUAAUGAUGAUGAUGUUAAAGUUGUUGAUUAUGUCGACAGUCUUGUUUGGGUUUUACACCAAUGGGCUAUAAGGUGGACUGAGGUGAUAGAUCAACCAGAGGGGUCAUCUUUUUGUACACAUUGUGAAGAACCAUGUAGUGCUUCUUUCCUUGGUGGAUCACCUAUAUGGUGUUGUUUAUGGUGUCAAAGAUUAAUCCAUGUUGAUUGUCAUAGCAGCAUGUAUCGUGAAACAGGUGAUAUUUGUGACAUGGGUCCUUUUAAAAGAUUGAUUUUAUCCCCUCUUUAUGUUAAAGGACUUGGUAGAUCAUCAUCUGGUGGAAUCUUGAGUUCCAUUACUUAUGGAGCCAAUAAGAUUGCUUCUUAUGUUCUAGCAAGUAUCACAAGUCAAAGUAAGAAAAACAAAGGUAAUUUCAAUCGAGUGAAUUUAGAUAAAGAUAAAGGUAUAGGGGAAUCGUCUACAGAAAGUACACCAGAUGGGAAUAAUGAUGUUAAAGAUGAUGGUGUUGGUGGGAAUAGUAACAGUGACAUGGUCAACAAAAAGUUGACUUUCAGGAAAGAUCAGAGAGAUGAAUCCCAAAAGGUGCAAAUGAUGCAGAGAUAUGAGCUUGUGAACUUGCGUCCUGAUGCAAGACCACUUCUUGUUUUCAUCAACAAAAAAAGUGGUGCUACUAAACGUGGUGAUUCAAUCAGACUAAGAAUGAAUAUUCUUUUGAACCCUGUUCAGAUAUUUGAGUUGAGUUCAACAGAAGGGCCAGAAGUUGGUCUGUAUCUAUUCAGAAGAGUACCUCAUUUCAGAAUUCUUGUCUGUGGAGGAGAUGGGACAGCAGGGUGGGUAUUGGAUGCAAUUGAGAAGCAAAAUUACGUUUCACCCCCUCCUGUAGCCAUUCUACCUGCUGGAACUGGGAAUGACUUGACGAUAACCAGAUUAAUGGAUUUGGGUUUCAGUAACUGGAGAUUGCUUUUCUGUCUGCAGUUGAAGAAAGAACAUAGCAAUGGCAUCUCAUUUGUAUGCAAUAACAUCUCUGAAUAUGGUGGUGAUCCCAAUAGGAUUUACCUGAUGGGACAAUCAGCUGGUGCACAUAUUGCAGCUUGUGCACUUACGGAGCAGACAAUUAUUGAGUGUGAUGCAACACAGCCCAACAAUAAAAAAGCAGUUUCUCUCUUGCCUCCAAUUAUUCUUUUUCAUGGUACUGCAGAUUAUUCCAUUCCAGCAGACUGCAGUAAAACGUUUGUGGAUACUCUUCAAAGAGUAGGAGCAAAAGCAGAGUUGAUGUUGUAUGAGGGGAAAACUCAUACUGAUGUGUUUGUUCAGGUGCAGUUAGCAAAUGAGAAGCAGCUUGUUGAUCAUUACAGCUCCAAGCAUCCAAAGGAGAAGCCUCCAGCUUGUAAAUGGGGUUCUGACAGCUCUAGCAACCUCCUUCCAUGCCCUGAAGCCUCUCAAAGUUCCUGCAUCAGGUUAUUCUUUUAG